UGCUAUAUAUUGAUGAGACGAGUAUUGCGGACCCACCCUCAGUCACUCCGACAUCGACAAAUCCUGUCUCGAACCUUGACUCCACCUACAUCGUCGAACAGAAUGAGUGUUGGAAGUGUCCAACCUCCCGAUGUCGCCACCACCACGAAGGGGUCUAGACCAGCCUCCCACCCUGGAGUUGUCGGUACAUGCAUUGGGCCGAUGAAUUGGAAUAUCACAAGGCUGAACGUUUCUUUUGAUGUCAGGAACAUCAGUGGGAUGGACAACGACACACUAGAUGGGGCUUUUGAUCUCCCCGAUCGGCCUGAGGACAACCCUCCAAUUGUCGAACAAUCACUUGAUGACGUUGUACCCACCGACUCUGUCCUGGAAGACCAGCCCGUCCGUUUCGAGAUUGUGGAGGAGGGAUCCAACAAGCGCCGCCGGAAGCUUGUUAGUUCUGAUGGAUUUGCCUACACCGUCAAGACCGUGACCAACAGGACAACAUCAUGGAGGUGCAGUGUCAGAAACAAGACAAUCUGGUGUCGGGCAACCAUUCUUCAGAGAGGAGACUCCUUCAUCCCUGGAUCCUGCGACCACGCACAUGCGCCAGACAAUCUUAUUGUCAAGCGAGUGAGGAUCGCUACUCAGGGUGAUGAUUUAGAAAACGUGCAUGACGAGGCCAAGCACGGUGAUCACAAGGCCAAGUAA